GUGAAACUGCGUUCACCUUCAAUGCCCCUCCAACUCCCCAAGUCUCUCCCUCUCUCUCUCUAUUAACUCAUCAACUCUCUCUCUCUCUCUCUCUCUCUGAAAUUUCUCACACUCACUGAACUCAAAAAACACACACAAGGCAGCACACAAGACGCGGAAUGGAGAGCCAAAGCAAGUCGAGCAUGGACAGGGCGGCAGCGCCGGGCGACGCUAAGGUGGUGGGUCAUCCGCCGAAGGCCUUCAGGCGUCCUGAUCUGCUGCUUCGCACCCUGGCGCUGGCGCUCACUCUGGCGGCCGCGAUCGUGGUCGGCGUCGACAAGGAGUCCAAGAUAGUCCCCGUCGCCAUCUCCCAGAGCCUCACGUUGCACGUCCGUGCCACCGCGAAGUGGCAAUACAUGUCUGCUUUCGUGGUUUAUAUGCUCCUGUACAUAUCUCAUUCAAUUUCAGCUUCAGCAUUUGCCACCCUAAUGAUGUCAUUUAUUCUCCGAAAUGCCGUCUUCAGAUACUUCCUGGUGUCGAAUGCCGUCGCGUGCUCGUACGCGGCCGCAUCCCUCAUGUACAUCGCCUUUGCCGGGGCCGCCCGCAGUGCCAAAGCAGAUUUAGCCAUUAGUGUGCUUGACAUCGUCGUGAUGGGGCUGCUUCUGUCCGCCAGCGGCGCGUCCGCCGCCAUCGGCGUGAUCGCCCAACGCGGCAACUCCCACGUGCAGUGGAACGAGGUCUGCCACGUGUUCGGCGGCUACUGCCACCAGAUGACGUCAGCGUUCGCGCUGUGUCUCCUCGGCUCGUUUGCGUUCCUGCUGCUCGCGGUGCUCAACGUCAUGGACCUCCACAAGAAGGCAACGCAAAGAUGAAAAUUGAAGGUAUAAAAUGAUCAAUACCGUUUGGUGGGGAAAGUUAAUACUUGUGUGGCUAGGGCUUUUGAUUUUCUCUCUUUGUCCGGUGAUGGGUUGGUUUGAAGGGUAAGUAGGGAGUCGUAGCAAGGUGGAUGGGGCUGUGGUUUGACUCGUAGUAAAAGUUGAGUUGGCCAUUUUUAGCUGCAGAGAUCUGGUGAGUUGGCGAUUCGGGGCAAGUGCUUCAUGUGUUAGAGCUACAGUACUUCCUGUUGGUUCUUCUGAAAGUAUUAACUACAUUGAAUCUGAUAUUGGCUCUCU